AUGACCAAAACCACUCGCAACACCGCCGCGGCGACCGAGGAAUCCUUCCACAAGCAUUACUCGGCCAUUUGGGGUGGAGUGAGAUGGCAAACUUCAUUGUACCCAGCACUAUCUGCACCCACGCGUUACUGCGCGCUGGUGAACCGAUACGUGCCCGCCCACGAGGCUCGCCGCGCGCUGCAGAGCGGAAGCAAUGAGCCAGGUGCCCUCCCUGAGAGCCUGCAGCAGCUAAACUUUCCUAACGUUAGCGUAAACGACGGUAAGAGUGCGCAGGCAAGUAUCGGUCCUAUUUGCUAUGUUCGCCCAGCUCCCUCGUCAGGUGAAAAGGUCUCGCGCGUGGGGAGCACUGCUGCACCGCUUACGUUCCCGCCACCUCAGCCUGCAGGUUCUACUCCAAUGCAGCUAUUGACUCAUUGGAACCUCGAUGCUGCUUCCGCACUGGCAGUCUCGGUGCUGAAUGUCCAGACCGGCGACAGCGUUCUCGAUCUCUGCGCAGCUCCUGGUGGGAAGUCCGUGGCUCUGGCGCAGAGUAUGUGGCCUCACCUCCACGCCGAUAGUCCGGUCGAGCCCUCCGGCAGGAUGACGGGUAGACUGGUGUCAAACGAAGCCGACGGGAGGCGGCAAAAGCGUCUUGCCGAGAACUUACAAGCAUACCUGCCGCCGCAGUUGUUCAAACAAGGUGCAGUCUCGUGUACGCGUGUUGACGCUUCCAUCUCCGGACCCUCACUCAAUGCUCUGCUGGCCGGAGGCAGCUUUGAUAAGGUGCUUGUCGACGCGCCUUGUUCUUCUGAGCGACACAUCAUUCAUGCUCAUCUCAAAGCCCAAGGAUCUGGCAAUUUAGCACCGGAAAUGGCAAACUGGAGGUCAGGUUCUUCGAAACGGCUUGCGAAGACGCAAGUGGAGCUUUUAAUGACAGCGCUCAAAGCGGUUAAGAUCGGCGGUCAAGUUAUGUAUGCUACCUGCUCUAUCGAGCCUACGGAGAAUGAUGGUGUGCUUGAGAAGAUGCUUGCGCUGCUUGGCUUUCCAGGUGCUUCUGGAGCGUCCACGAUGGACGAGCAGCUGGAACAGUGGGCGGAGCGCACGAAGCAUGGCUGGAUGGUACUACCCGACCACCCUGGUGGUGGAAGAUGGGGUCCGCUGUACUUUGCGCUUGUUACUAAAAUCGCUGGCUGA